GUCACGCCAACUUCGUUGGACUUCCCCAAGUUGCCGGGUACGCGUGUGGAGUGAGGCGGAGAGCGAAGCGGAGGGGCGCAGGACUCCCGGAGCCUUGGCUGCGGAUCAGGGUCCCGCCACCGACAGCUAGCGGGAUCGGAGUAGUGGGCAGAGCCGAUCUCUCGCCCGCUAGGACACCGCCCGCCUGGCGCCACUUCCCGCGCAGCGAGGGGACCGGCCCAGCCGCGCCUCCCUCCGCGCACUCGCCGGUCCGCAGAGUGGGCGCUGGUAGGAGCGCGGCCCCAGCAUCUUCUGAGCCUAGGGCUCAGUUUGGGGCGGAUGCUGCCCGCGCUGGACGCUGGCCUUCGGAGAAUCUGAUCCGCCCGCCGGGAGGAGGAGGCUCGGCCGGGGAUUAGGGUGCCCCCACCUGAAGAGGACACGUUGGGUGCCAAGCCAUGCCCCUGAGCUGAGGGCCAGCUGCGAGCCAGAGGAGCGCCAUGGCACCGCCUGUCCCCAUGGAGAAAGGACUCUCUUUGCCCCAGGACUUUGUACACAGUCUGAAGAUCCGGGGCAAAUAUGCCUUGUUCCUGGCCUUUGUGCUCAUAGUUUUCGUCUUCAUUGAAAAGGAAAACAAAAUCAUAUCCAGGGUCUCGGACAAGCUGAAGCAGAUCCCUCAAUUUGUGGCGGAUGCCAACAGCACCGACCCAGCCCUGCUUUUAUCGGAAAACGCAUCUCUCUUGUCCCUGAGCGAGUUGGAUUCUGCCUUCUCCCAGCUGCAGAGCCGCCUGCACAACCUCAGCCUGCAGCUGGGCAUGGAGCCAGCAGUGGAGGCCCAGGGGCAAGAGCCUGCGGCAGAGAUGCCAUCCCACCAGGCUGCAGCAGGGCACCGGCGCCACGUGCUCCUCAUGGCCACCACCCGCACCGGCUCCUCAUUCGUGGGCGAGUUCUUCAACCAGCAGGGCAAUAUCUUCUACCUCUUCGAACCACUGUGGCACAUCGAGCGCACCGUGUCCUUCCAGCCGGGAGGCGCCAGCGCAGCGGGCUCAGCGCUGGUCUACCGCGAUGUCCUCAAGCAGCUGUUGCUGUGCGACCUGUACGUGCUGGAGCCCUUCAUCAGCCCGCCUCCUGAGGAUCACUUGACUCAGUUCCUGUUCCGCCGGGGAUCCAGCCGCUCGCUCUGCGAGGAUCCAGUGUGCACACCCUUCGUCAAGAAGGUCUUCGAGAAAUACCGCUGCAGGAACCGUCGCUGCGGGCCACUCAAUGUGACCUUGGCGGCAGAGGCCUGCCGCAGUAAGGACCACGUGGCCCUCAAGGCUGUGCGCAUCCGUCAGCUGGAGUUCCUGCAGCCACUGGCAGAGGAUCCGAGGCUGGACCUGCGAGUCAUCCAGCUGGUGCGCGACCCCCGAGCCGUGCUGGCCUCACGCAUGGUGGCCUUCGCAGGCAAGUACGAGAGCUGGAAGAAGUGGCUGACAGAGGGGCAGGACCGGCUAAGCGAGGAUGAAGUGCAGCGGUUGCGGGGCAACUGUGAGAGCAUCCGCCUGUCUGCCGAGCUGGGCUUGCGGCAGCCGGCCUGGCUGCGUGGGCGCUACAUGCUAGUGCGCUAUGAAGACGUGGCACGCAGGCCACUGCAAAAGGCCAGAGAGAUGUAUGGCUUCGCCGGCAUUCCCUUGACCCCGCAGGUGGAGGACUGGAUCCAGAAGAACACUCAAGCGGCCCGUGACAGCAGCGACGUCUACUCGACUCAGAAGAACUCCUCGGAGCAGUUUGAGAAGUGGCGCUUUAGCAUGCCCUUCAAGCUGGCACAGGUGGUGCAGGCUGCCUGCGGCCCGGCCAUGCACCUCUUUGGCUACAAGUUGGCCAGGGAUGCCGCCUCGCUCACCAACCGUUCCAUCAGCCUGCUGGAGGAGCGGGGCACCUUCUGGGUCACGUAGUGAGGGAUGCCCGGGACCCUGGGAAUCCCUUCUCAUGAAAUGCUGGCCCUGCUUCCCUCACACCCAGCCUGGCAGUGAAACACAGCCCUGGCAGAGAGUCAGAAUGGGGAGCGGUGAUGGGGGUAUAGGCCCUGGCUGUAGCUGUAGGCCUCCGGCCAGCUAGUUUCCCCAGCACAGCCACAGCCACUUUGGGGCUUCUCUGAGGACAGCAGUGCCCUGUGUCCUUGGUGGUACUGGUCAUUCCCACACACCUAUGGCCUGCAGUGUCCUAAGCAGACCCAGGCUGGUUCCUGUGUAUGGACACACCUCCCCGGUUCUACCUCACACUGUAACAAAAACAUGACACACAUAAAGGCCUGUAGGCUGUGUGGGCCAGAGUCCAAAUAUUUAACAACCAGAAGGGCGUAGGCCCGCUCCACUCACUCAGAACUCCUACUAUAUUGAAUGUUAACCUUUUCCGCUCUGAGUCAGAAAAGGAUCUGACCGAGUCCUUAGAAGAAGGAGGGCAGCCUAGGGUGAGGAAGGGGACAUUUGAAGCUCCUGAGGUGACAAUGGCUGUUUACCAACUGAUAAAAGUGGUUUGAUUAGCCGUUCUGGCUACUCAUGAAUAUCAGCCUAGGUAGAACAAGACAGAAAGACAACAAGGCUGGGGGUGUGACUCAGCCGUAAAGUCCUUGCCUCUCAUGCACUAAGCCCUGGGUUUGAUCCCUAGCACUACAAACAUAAGGAAAAAUAAAGCAUAUAUGUACAUACAGCACAGAGACAGGAAAGCAUCAUAACCCCCCCCUCUCUCUCUCACACACACACACACACACUCACACAAUCAUAUACACAUUCACAGACCAAUAUAGAAAAGCGUCCCGUUCUUUUUUGCUCACAGUGUUUGUUUUGUUUUUUGUUUUUUUCUAAACAGGAGCCUUAAGUUACAUUAUUAGGGUUAUGUGAAGAGGGUCAUAUUCAGGGACAGUGACACUUUGCCCUGACCAGAGCUGGAACGGAAUGCUGGUCUCUGAAUCACCGCUAAGCAUCUGGGGUUGCCAUGCUACCUCCUCUGACCCAUCCACACGCCACAGCUGGGAGGCAGAAUAUUUUAGAGAUGGCAUGACCAGCCUUCAUAUGACUGCGGUCCAAAGGCUCCAUCCUGAUCAUUCCUCGGGAGCACGCCCAUUUUUGAAGGCUGUCUGAGGCCUAACCAGCGGGCCCAGCUUUGGUCCCUGAAAGCAAAAGACAGCUCAUAGGCUUACUAUUUCCAGCCAGUGCCUUCUAGAGCCAGCCAAAGUUCAGAGUGCUCCGCAGGAAGAAGCCACACGAGGACUCAGCUUCCCUGAGCAGCAGCCUGCUUGUUCCCUCCUAGUUGACAGAGAUCAGCCCUCGGGUUGCCAUGGUUACAGCUAGUGUCUAAAAGGAAUGUCUACUUUAGGGUUCUGGGAAAGAGGCGUGCUCAACUCAAGAUGAGUAGGUAUUUUACUUGGGCUUUUUAAGUUACUUAUGGCUUGGUGCUGUUUUUGUUUCAAGGCUGUUUAGGGCUUUGUUUCUGUAGGAACAUUCCUCCGUGCUGAUUGAGGCUGAUACUGGCAGGGAACACUUGGUUCCUGGUAAAGGGGUAGACCAGAAGGAGGGGACUUCCCUUAGGAGGGGCAGAGUCACUCAGCGCCUCCUAGGGACCCACAUGCAUGUCUGUGUGAACUCCAUGUAGAAUGACUCCCAGAUGCUGCCAUUGGGCCCUAGGUCAGUAGCCCAGCUUCUAUAGUGUUUAUCUAUUGUGUCCGUCGCCCUGGUUUCAGUUCCAUGCACCACACCAGCUAGGCAUGUUGGCACAUGCCUGUAAUCCCAGCACUCAGGAAGGAGAGGUUGACAGCCAAAAGUUCAAAGUGCAGUGCCAUAUCAAUUUCAAGGUCAAACUCUGCAAGGGAAAAAUUAAAACCCCAGCCUAGCGUCUCUGAGCGUCCAGAGCAGCCUGUACCCCUGCUCCAGAACAGGUUGUUUGAAAAUCCCUUAAAAGCCCCAACACGUGGCCGAGGGAAGGAGAGGGGGGAGGCGGGUUCAGAGGCCUUUGACUGAGCAGCUAGGUUCCCCAAGGCUCUUCCCUCCCUGUUCAAGAUGAGGCACGAAACCCAGGCUAGCCUCGGAACGUCGGCAGUGGGGGUUGGUUGCCACAUUGCUAUUUCUGGACAACUGCUACAGCUGGCACCGUCAAAGCCCAGGACUGAGCUGGUGUGAGUGAUACAGACACCAAACACGUCGCCGCAUGGAAGCAGGCAUGGCUAGCACUGACGUGGGGAAGGGACGAUGGCAGCACACUCCCCAUAUUGUAGGGUUUGUGACCUGCCUGCUCAGCUGCUGGGUCCCAAACCCGGGUGAACUCAGAGUCAGUUGAGCCGGUCUCUACUAUAGGUUUUGAUCAUCUAAGAACAAGUGUGUAGAAGGCUGGCUCCUGCUUGAAGUCAAAGGGACAUUGGCUCUUGGUACUCGAUGGGGACAUGAUGUUGUGGGCACGCUCAGGGGUGCAGAUAUCCUCUCUCCAUGUCCCCCUCGCCCCCCCCCCCCCCAUGCAGAGCACAUUCCCUUCUCAGCACAUGGGAGGUGGGAAGGGACGAACUGAGAAUUUCCUUCCCUCUCCCUGUCCCAGGGGCCAAGGCAUCCGUGUCUCAGCUCUCUGAGGACAGAUGCCCUCAGUGGACCUUUGGGACGUCUCAGGACGUGGACAAUGCUGUGUGCACUGCAAGUUGCUUUAUUUAUUUUGUGGAAAGAAGAGACGGUGUUAUUUGCAAGGACCAAAAACUGUACCCUAAUCAAAAAGUACAAAUAAUAAUAAUAACAUCAAUAAUAGGAAUGAUUCUCACGCCGUGCACACAUUAGGACACCUGAGGACCAUGCAGAAGAUGAGACAGAACCAGCUCAUGGAAGCCCAGGAUGAUAAAGAGGUUCUGUGGGUCUCUUACUGUCCAGAAGUACGAUAUGAGGGCCCUCGGCUGUAUUGCCUUUGCUUGGGUGUCUGCAGCAACAGAACAACUCAUGCAGGUGGAUGGGUAGGUGGACAUAGCCUUGAAACAUCCCCUGAGGCUCAGCCAUCCAGGAAAAAACCUCAGGUUUGGAGAGGGACAACAUAGGGAAGGCAAUAUAGAGAAGACCAAUGUAGGGUUCUCUGCUAGAAUUACGCUUAGGGGCUCUUAGCAUAGGGUCGGAUGGAGAAAUGGCCUUGUUGGUAGGAUGAGGCAACUGCUGAUCUAACCCCAAAGAUCAAUGGGCACUCAAGUGGCCUAUUGCAGUGACUCUUAUCAUUGCUGGUGUCUGGCCCAUGGUGGAAGACGCACUCAUUCUCUAGUCGGAAGGGAGGGUAGAAGGAGUUAAGAGUAUCAGAUGGUUUGAUCCCAUGCCCCCAAAUCCCUUGGUCCUCUUCCACACUAGAGCCUGCUUCAGUUGACCAGGGGCUUGUCCCUUGAGAGGUGCUGGACUCUGGAGGGCAGGAGCAUCCCCAAGGCAGUCCCACCACAAAAGUAGAGAGAUGGUUCUAAGAUGGUUGGGGGGGGGGAGAAAGGGAUAGGGACCAGACCUCUGAGAAGCCACAUGGGUCCUCCCAACUUGUACACCUGGGAAGAAGGGAACUUCACUAAAAUGGGGACCUGGAGCUGGUGUAUUGUUUGUGAAGAUCCUGGCUCAGUGAGAUGCAAGGAGGCAGUGAGUUCCCAGAGCAUAGCCACAUUCCCUCCCAACUCCAAACACUCUCCCUCAAAAGUACAAGGCAGAGCCUGUAACUUCCAGUGUCUUAAUGCCGGACGGCGGCGGUAGCACUUGCCUUUAAUUCCAGCACUUGGGAGGCAGAGGCAGGCAGAUCUCUGUGAGUUUGAGACCAACCUGGUCUACAAGAGCUAGUUCCAAGACAGGUUCCAAAGCUACAGAGAAACCCUGUCUCGAAAAACAAAACAAUAAAAAGUGUCAAGAUCCUUUGACCUGUGCCCUUGUCACUGCAUGGGUACAGAUCCUUACGUAUUCCUGAAGAUAGAGAUAUGGUGUUCCUUUACCGUGGCCUCGCUGUGGAUCAGCUUCUGGCCAGGCGAACGGGGCACCCGUGUCACCUGCUUCCACUAUAUUUGGGCUUGAACUUUGCCUCCCGUGUAGUCUCCACCUCCCCUGGAUAAUCUAAUGCCUGUGUCUCACCACCAUCCUUCACUUCCUGGUGGGUCCUACGAAUGUUUCUUUUGUGCCAGUACCUGGACCCAGUGCCCUGCCUCAUGGCUACAUGGUAAAGGACAUCUCCUUCCCAGUCUGAACAGUCAUGGCAUGUUCAUAUGUGCUCAGGAGUACAUGCAUGUGUGUGUAGGGGGAUACGUUCUAUUCUGCCUCCAGUGCUGCCGCACACAGCCCCAGCCUCUCUCUGUCACCGACCCGAAUGUUCUCAUUGUGGCCGCAGAUAACCUUCCAAAGUCCGUUUCUAUCGCUCUCAUCUGAGAGCUGAUAACUGUGUUCAGAGUCUGCUUCACGGACUAGAAUGUGAAACCUUUCUCCUGGUGGCUUGCCUGCCUGGCUUAUUUAAUUAAAAACGAACGUGCAGUAAA